UUUCUGCGUUGCAUUUGAAGUUGAUUAAGGGUAGAUAUUACUCGUGCACUGAUUCCAGCACAAACACCACGUUAGUUUUGCCGUCUUUCCCCAUCCGUUUGUCACUCUGCAGCGACUCCAUGGUUUUCCGAUCUCCUUUAGAGCUUUAUCCCUCGCAUCUUUUUUUGCCCAAUUUCGCGGAUCGCCCUCUGCUUCUAGCGGGCAGCAUACCCAGAGCGAGGUCCCCGGAGGACUUACCGAUGUUUCAGCUACCCACCCUAAACUUCUCGGCGGAACAGGUGGCCAGCGUGUGCGAGACGCUGGAAGAGACCGGGGACAUCGAGAGACUUGGACGUUUUCUUUGGUCUUUGCCCGUGGCACCCGGAGCUUGCGAUGCCAUCAAUAAGCACGAGUCCAUCCAACGAGCCAGAGCGGUGGUCGCUUAUCACACCGGAAGUUUUCGUGAAUUAUAUCACAUCCUGGAAACCCACAAGUUUACCAAAGACUCACAUGGAAAGCUCCAAGCGAUGUGGCUGGAAGCGCACUACCAAGAGGCCGAGAAGCUGCGCGGUCGCCCUCUCGGGCCCGUUGAUAAAUACAGGGUCCGCAAGAAGUUCCCCUUGCCACGGACCAUUUGGGAUGGCGAACAGAAGACCCACUGUUUCAAGGAACGAACUCGCGGCUUGUUGAGGGAGUGGUACCUACAGGACCCGUACCCCAAUCCAAGCAAGAAAAGGGAAUUGGCACAAGCCACUGGACUGACUCCCACUCAAGUGGGCAAUUGGUUUAAAAAUCGAAGGCAAAGAGACAGAGCAGCAGCUGCAAAAAACAGGCUUCAGCAUCACGGACUGGGUCAAAGCGGCCUGCGCUCCAUGUCAGAAUCGGGGUGCACACCGCACAGCUCGGCUGAAUCCCCGUGCGCCGCAGCCAGCCCAACUACCAGUGUCUCCAGUAUGAAUGAACGAGGCGAUGUCGGUACAAUUCUCUCAGUUACAGACAGUGAUUCUGAUUUCGACGUAUGAUACACCGUCAGACAAAAAUGAACAUUUUGCCCAGAGAUAAAUGAACUUGUGAAAAAAAUGGGCAACAAGAGGCCGGCCAUUUUGCCACAUUAUGUUCAACAAAAGGAGAAAAGCAUGCUGUUUUUCCAGCGCUUCAACGGACUGACGCCCUUUCAUUUCCAAUGCCUACACGACCAUUUUGCAUGUUCGUUUGUGAAUAUAUUACAUUUUUAUUAGGCAUUUAUGAAGUGGAUUCUGAGAGAGUAUAACUCCUUGACGUUUCCAAAUAAUUCAGUGAACCUGGAGAGGCAUAUUUGUUAUUUUGUGUUUAUCAGACAAUCAAAAGCACCUUUAUUCCCCCCGUCGUUUACUUGACAGCAGAUGUUCAUACUAAUUUUAUCUCGAGAUUUAUAUUGAAUUGUCCAUGUCUGAUCUGAAGUUUUCCUUAAAUCUAGGCUUGUCUAGAUAUGCUUGUAUAAUAUCGCAAUUAAGCCAAUCUCUUUCCUACAAAUUUCUUUAUGUUGUGUCCAUAAAUUGUGUGUAAUUGUCUGUUAAGUGCUUGGAGAUUUUAAGUGUCUAUUCAUUCUGCUCGUUUUUAUACUGUAAAUGGGUUAUUGGCGCUGAAAACACAG